UUUCUCCCUCUCUCUCUCUCUCUCUCUCUCUCUCUCCCACUCUCAGCUUCUCCCAGAAGUCGCACACCGUGCAAAGCAAAGCGAAAAUGGAAACCCCAAGACACAGCUGCCUAAAACUCGAGCUCCCAAACCCCAACGAACCCAAGAAGACCGAACCCAUCUUCGUCAAGGCCACAUGGUUCGACACCCACUUCGACCUCUCCAUCACCGACGGCCUCGAUGCUUGGGUUUGCCAAGCAUCUGAAGAGGAGGUGAUAGAGAGAGCGGCUCAGUGGGGCCAGCCGGUGUCCGAGUACAUUGAAUUGGCCGAGCGUUAUUUGGGUUUUCAACAGCCUGGUUCGGUUUAUAAGUUCACUGAUGCUGGUGAUGGGAAUAGCAGAUUAUCGUGGACGUUUGAGAAAGAAGGGACCAAACUAGAGUGGCGAUGGAAAUGUCGACCUUCACCAGACCAUAAGAAGACUACUGCAGGAAUCUUGGACUUUCUUAUGGAUGCCAACAUAAGACUAAGUGAAGAAGUUGUGAGCAAAACUAAAUCGUUUGAGAGGCUGAAACUGGAAGCUGAGAAAUGUCUAGCGCAAAGCGAGAGAUUCAACCACGAGAAGAUGGAAUUUGAGUCAGCAAUCUAUCCAAAGUUUCUUGGUGUCUUGAACACGAAGAAAGAAAAACUUAGAGAACUUCGCGAUCAGCUCGCCAAGCAGGAUGCCACUGGGAAAUUUGCACAAGAAGAUGAAGACUCCGCAGAAAAGACGGAGACUUUUGAUGAGGAAACGAGUGACGAUGCGAAAAGCAAGGAAGAAACUGCGGAUGCAGGAACAUCAAAGGCUGUGCUGAGGAGCAAUGCCCGGGGGAGGAAAAGGAUUACACGGAUGUAGUAUCAUGCUUACCAACUUAAACGACUCUUUGUGCCGUGACUUUGUUAGACAAAUUAUAGUUUCUGCUGUCCUGCAGAGGUAGUACAAAAACCUUGUUGAUUGUACAUAUUUUUACAGAGCAUUAGGAAGCAACUCUAGUGAUCUUUUAAUUUUGUUUUGUUGGUCUUUGACACUGAGAUUGUAUGGAUUGAAAAAAUUGUCUUU